AUGAAAGAAAGGUAUUCUACCAUUGAAUGGUGUCUUAGGACGAUGAGUUAUGUUCUGAGGAUGUUCAUUUGUUGUUUCUUUUGUCAUGGAAAAGCCACAGACUGUGGUGGGAAGGAUGUUGCACAGACGAUCAUUGUUACUAACAAUGAUCGAUGGGUCAAGAUUCAUAUAAAACCCGACUUAAUUAUACAU